AUGGCUCCUAGAAGCACACUUCACUAUGCCGGGCUUCUCGCCUUGGCUUCUGGCUCUUUGGCCAUGCCAUAUGUAUCCGAGGCUCAGACGACCGUUUUCUCCGAGGCAGCCAUCACCCCAUCCGUGGUGCCUCACACGAACGUGACGUCCCAUGGGCCUUACACCGGUCCUUCACCGACCACAACCGGUGCCAUAUCAACCAGUAUCUUGGCAUCCGCGGUACCAGUCCUUCCUCCUCCCGAGGAUGCAUAUGACUAUCCCGCCGACGGCGAGCUUCACGGCGACCAACCGGCGCCUUAUACUCCCUCGGGCGGCAUCUGGACCAACGGCAGUGCCCCCGUCUACCGCGUCAUGAGUGACUUUGACUACCAGUCCCUGGCUCUGGCCCUGUACCAGGAGUGGAUUGAGCUUGACCUCUUUCACUGGGGCCUGGCAACGUACUCUGACGAGGAGUUUGAGGAGCUUGGCCUGAACGGCGAGGCUCGACACCUGAUCCAGCACAUGGCCGAGCAGGAGGUCGGCCACGCCACCGUCCUGACCAACAUGCUCGGAGCCCAGGCCCCACGCCAGUGCACCUACAACUACCCCGUCUCCAACCUCCGCGAGUAUAUCGACUUCAAUCAGAAGCUCACCCGCUGGGGCGAGGCUGGAGUCUACGGCUUCCUGCCACACCUCAACUCUGGGCCGGCCGCCCAGCUCCUGCUGCAGAGCAUCACGGUCGAAGCCCGUCAGCAGUUAAUCUUUAGGCAGUUUGAGGGUCUAUUCCCCAUGCCCGAGUGGCACACGGUCGGGAUCCCACAGUCCUGGGCCUGGACGCUGCUGGCCCCCUACAUCUCGAGCUGCCCAUGGAAUCAGACCCGGCUCAUCUGGCAAAACUUCCCCGCCCUUCACAUCCUGAACCAGCCCAACCCAUGGCGCAUCAACGGCUCCGAGGUCUGGAACGAGACGACGGGCGGCUGGGCCAACACGGCCGAGACGGCCAACAUCACGCAAGAAGCAUCGUGCGUCAACGCGACCGACCCACUCCAGGACUGCAACGCCGCCAUCUCGCAGAACCGGAGCAUCCCGCUGUCGUACGCCGGCCGGCAGGUGUUUUUGCAGUGGGACGCCCCGGGGCAGCCCGUGGGGCCCAACAACAGCUACAUCACGGCGACCGAGGUGCAUGAGCCCAAGUUCGCGGCCUGGGUGUCGCAGCUCAACGUGACGUACUCGCCGCUGUUGAACGUGAGCCUCGAAGACCGCACCGCGUACACGAUCCAGCCGAACGUGUCGACCUGGGAAGGGGACCCGGCCAUCAACUCGACCAUGUUCAUCGCCCUGACCGAUGCUGACGUCUACGUCACGCCGGCGAACUUGACCAUGCUGAACCCGCACGUUGCUGCUUUGGCUGUGUACCAGGCUGGUUGA